GUGAGAGAGAACAAGUACAGCUUGGUGGAACUUGUUCAUCACUUCUUCUCUGAAACCAGAGACGCAGGAAUCUGCAGGUUUGAUCAGUUCCCGGUUGUGUUCAUCUUUGACGGUCUGGAUGAGAGUCGACUUCCUCUGGACUUCCUCAACACUGAGAUCCUGACUGAUGUCACAGAGUCCACCUCAGUGGAUCGGCUGCUGCUGACAAACCUCAUCAGGGGGAAGCUGCUUCCCUCUGCUCGCCUCUGGAUAACCACACGACCUGGAGCAGCCAAUCAGAUCCCUCCUGAGUGUGUGGACAUGGUGACAGAGGUCCGAGGGUUCACUGACCCACAGAAGGAGGAGUACUUCAGGAAGAGAUUCAGAGAUCAGGAGCAGGCCAGCACCAUCAUCUCCCACAUCAAGACCUCACGAAGCCUCCACAUCAUGUGCCACAUCCCAGUCUUCUGCUGGAUCUCUGCUUCAGUUCUGGAGGAGGUGCUGAAAACCAGAGAGGGAGGAGAGCUGCCCAAGACCCUGACUGAGAUGUACAUCCACUUCCUGGUGGUUCAGUCCAAAGUGAAGAACAUCAAGUAUGAUGGAGGAGCUGAGACAGAUCCACACUGGAGUCCAGAGAGCAGGAAGAUGAUGGAGGCUCUGGGGAAACUGGCUUUUGAGCAGCUGCUGAAAGGCAACCUGAUCUUCUAUGAGUCCGACCUGACAGAGUGUGGCAUCGAUAUCAGAGCAGCCUCAGUGUACUCAGGAGUGUUCACACAGGUCUUUAGAGAGGAGAGAGGACUGUACCAGGACCAGGUGUUCUGCUUCGUCCAUCUGAGCGUUCAGGAGUUUCUGGCUGCUCUUCAUGUCCAUCUGACCUUCAUCAACGCAAAAGAACCAACAACCAAGCAGUAUGAGGUGAAACCUACACCAGCAUAUAUCUACCAGAGAGCUGUGGACCAGGCCUUACAGAGUCCAAACGGACACCUGGACUUGUUCCUCCGCUUCCUCCUGGGUCUUUCACUGCAGACCAAUCAGAAACUCCUACGAGGUCUGCUGACACAGACAGGAAGUUACUCAGGGACUGAAGAGAAAACAGUCCAGUACAUCAAGAUGAAGAUAGAAGAGGAUCUGUCUCCAGAGAGAAGCAUCAACCUGUUCCACUGUCUGAAUGAACUGAAUGAUCGUUCUCUAGUGGAGCAGAUCCAACAGUCCCUGAGUUCAGGAAGUCUCUCUGAAGAGAAUCUGUCUCCUGCUCAGUGGUCAGCUCUGGUCUUCAUCUUACUGUCAUCAGGAGAAGAUCUGGACGUCAUUGACCUGAAGAAAUACUCUGCUUCAGAGGAGGCUCUUCUGAGGCUGCUGCCAGUGGUCAAAGCCUCCAACAAAGCUCUGUACGUGAACACAUAACUAUCCAGAUUAAACCUAUG